AUAAUAAAUCCGAUCAAUAUCGUAGGAAUCCGACGGCGUGCCUGUAAGAUAGGAUGACCGUUCCAGCGACCAUGCUCUUUCCUUUCUGACACCCAUCUCCGCACCGUUACUGUCGCCCCUUUCCACGCCCCCCUCUCAAUUCAAUCCAAAUUCAAAGACCCACCCAAAAUUAAUUAAUUCCCAUUAUUAUUAUUAUUAUUAUUUUGUAUUAUUAUUAUAACCAUCACGAAGACGAAAAAGGAAGGGAGAACCGAAAGUGGGAUGGGGAAACCUCAAAAGUGCCCCGGCGGCCAGUUCUUCCCUCUCCUCGUGGUCCUCGUCCUUGUGCUGAUUCCGGCGACAGCGAUCCGAUCUCAGUCGCGAUACUACAACCGCAGCAGCGGAGGCGGAGGCGGUGGCGAUGGUGACGGCGGCGGUGGUGAUAGGGGGUGCGAGGGGCGUCGGAUCCACAUCCGGGAGCUGCCGGCGCGGUUCAACACGGAGCUGCUGCGGGGGUGCGACGCGUUCUCGCAGUGGGAGGUGGUUGGGGGGGAGUUCUGCACGUACCUGGCGAACCACGGGCUGGGGCCGCGCACGCACAACCGGUCGCGGUCGUGGUACCGCACGGACGCGCGCCUGCUGGAGCCCUUCUUCCACCGGCGCCUGCUGGAGUACCCCUGCCUCACCCCGGACCCCUCCGCCGCCGACGCAAUCUUCCUCCCCUACUACGGCGCCCUCGACGCCCUCCCCUACCUCCUCCUCCUCAACGACAACGCCUCCGCCGCCCUCCACGGCGCCCCGCUCGCCCGCCUCCUCCGCUCCGACCGCCCCGCCCUCCUCCGCCGCCGCGCCGGCCACGACCACUUCCUCGUCCUCGCCGGCCCCGCCUGGGACUUCUCCCAGCACCCCCGCGCCGACCCCCCGCUCUGGGGCACCUCCUUCCUCCGCCUCCCCGACCUCCUCAACCUCACCGUCCUCGUCCUCGAGUCCCGCCCCCCCCACUCCCGCUGGCAGGAGCACGCCGUCCCCCACCCCACCUCCUUCCACCCCACUCCAUCCCCCGCCCGCCGCCGGCUCGCCCGCGCCGCCCGCUCCCCCCGCCCCACCCUCAUGCUCUUCGCCGGCGGCGGCGCCUCAUCCCCCUCCGCCGCCGCCGCCGCCAGGCCCAACAACAUCCGCAGCGCCAUCCUCGCCGAGUGCGCCGAGCGCCCCGACCUCUGCGCGCUCGUCGACUGCUCCGGGGGGGCCUGCGCGCACGACCCCGUCCGCUACGUCCGGCCCAUGCUGCGCGCCCGCUUCUGCCUCCAGCCCCCCGGGGACACCCCCGCGCGCCGCUCCACCUUCGACGCCGUCAUCGCCGGCUGCAUCCCCGUCUUCUUCGAGGACGCCGCCGCGCGCGCCCACUACGGCUGGCACCUGCCCCGCUCCCGCUACGCCGACUUCUCCGUGCUCGUGCCCAAGGAGGACGUCGUCUUCGGCGGCCUCCGCAUCGCCGACGUGCUCGCCGCCGUCCCCCCCGCCGAGGUGCGCCGCAUGCGCGCGCGGGUCCUGGAGCUGGCCCCGCGCGUGAUGUACCGGCGCCACGGGAGCUCGCCCGACCUCCGGGCCAUCAAGGACGCCUUCGACCUCGCCAUCGACGGCGUCCUGCGCCGCAUCAACCGCAGGGUCCGGGCCAUCGAGGAGGGCGACCCCGAUCGGAUCUACUACCAGGACGACGACGACGACGACGACCGGAACGACGACGUGUAGAAUAAUAGGGCUAGGGCUGGGAAACGGAUGGUCCGGAUCUCGCGUAAGCUAGGGUUUCCUUUUUUUUUCUUCUUUUAUUCGUCCUUUUCUCUUCGAUAGGACACGAGCAGCAGCUGGAUUAUUAGAUCAGUUACGUGUAAUUUUUGUUACCUCGCCUGCCUAAAUUAGUAAUUUAUUACCCUAACACGGCUUUAUUUAAUUUAA